AUGUUUACUUUUAGGUUUCAUUCAACCCCUAGAUUUACUCUUCAAGGAUUAUGUCUCAUUAGAUCGAAGUCCUCAUCUGCAAGUAACAAUAAAUGGUUAAAGAGGCAGUCAAAUGAUGUUUAUACUAAAACUGCAAAAUCUCAGAACUUACGAUCUAGGGCAGCCUUCAAAUUGAUGGAGAUAGAUGACCACUAUCAUCUUUUCCAUAAGAACAAAGAGCAACGCAUCUUGGAUUUGGGUUUCGCACCUGGUGCUUGGUCUCAAGUGGCAAGACGAAGAACGUCUGAUAAAUCUCUUAUUAUUGGUGUAGAUAUCUUGCCGUGUGAGCCACCUCCGGGAGUUACAUCAAUUCAAGCUAACAUCUUAUCUCAGAAGACCUUGCAACUCAUAAGAUUAUACUUCUCAAAACAUUUUGAAUUAAAUAAACAUUAUCCUCAUCUUACACACGAGAAUGGUUAUUUCAAUCACACCAUCAAUGAAUUGGAACAAAAAAAAUUAGAAAAUGAGCAAGCAUCUUAUAGAGAGGUAUUCUCAAAUAUUAAUGCAAAGGAGAUUGAAACCUUAAAUAAGCCAAAUUUUGAUACGAAUAAGAAUUCUAAUGAUGAAAAUCCUAUAAAUAAUAACAACAACAAUAUAGUCGAUAAAUUCCCUAUCGAUUUAAUUAUUAGUGAUAUGUAUGAACCUUGGCCACAAAAUUUUUUAUCUAGUAGCAGAUUUACUAACAAUGUCUUACGUAGGCUGGCAAAUACUUCAGGUGUAGCUAUAAGAGAUCACUUACAAUCAGUUGAUUUAUGUGAUGCUGCAUUGGUGACAGCAAUUGAAUUGUUGAAGCCAAAUGGUUCAUUUCUUUGUAAAAUGUAUACUGGGAAAGAAGAUCAAUUAUUCCAAAAUAGAAUGAAAAAAGUUUUUAAUAAAGUUUCUAGAAUUAAGCCACUCUCAUCUAGAAGCGAAUCAAAAGAAAUAUAUUUCAUCGGUAUGAAAAAAAGGAAACUAAUAGAUAAAUUAGACGUUUUUAACGCUAAUUAA